AUGCCUAGAAACCCGCAGAAGGCUGUCUGUGCUGUUACUGGAUUGCCUGCAAAGUACCGUGACCCGAGGACAGGACUAUCUUAUGCAACAAAAGAAGCUUUUAGAAAAAUUCGUGAACAGUUUUCAAUUGAAAAUAGCAACCUUGGGAAGAAAAGGAGCAUGGGGAUCCUAUCUGAGUCAAUUUCUGGGCAAGGUUUCUCUGGAAGACGGAAGAGAACAAAAAAUUCAGACAAUAGGGAAGCAUGUCAUUUCCGAUCGUUGGCUCGAUUCCGCAGAAUUCCAGCUCUUGAAAUUGAAGAUUCCGAGUAG